AUGAGCGGAGGAACCCCUUACAUUGGCAGCAAGAUCAGCCUCAUCUCCAAGGCGGAGAUCCGCUACGAGGGCAUCCUCUACACCAUCGACACUGAGAACUCCACCGUAGCCCUAGCCAAAGUUCGGUCCUUUGGUACAGAAGAUAGACCCACAGAUCGUCCAAUUCCACCUCGAGAUGAAGUCUUUGAAUACAUUAUAUUCCGUGGAAGCGAUAUUAAAGACCUCACUGUUUGUGAGCCACCAAAACCACAAUGUUCUUUGCCUCAAGACCCAGCUAUUGUUCAGUCUUCAUUAGGCUCCUCGACUUCUUCCUUCCAGUCAGUGGGUUCCUAUGGGCCUUUUGGCAGGAUGCCGACCUACAGUCAGUUCAGUCCAAGUUCAAUAGUCGGGCAACAGUUUGGUGCUGUUGGUGUUGCUGGAAGCUCCUUGACAUCCUUUGGAACAGAAUCGUCAAACAGUGGUACCCUAUCCCAAAGUAGUGCAGUUGGCUCUGCUUUUACACAGGAUACAAGGUCUCUGAAAACACAGUUAUCCCAAGGUCGUUCAAGCCCUCAGUUAGACCCUUUGAGAAAAAGCCCAACCAUGGAACAAGCAGUACAGACCGCCUCAGCCCAUUUACCUGCUCCAGCACCUGUUGGGAGACGGAGCCCUGUAUCAACCAGGCCUUUGCCAUCUACCAGCCAAAAAGCAAUAGAAAAUCAAGAGCACAGGCGAGCUGAAGCACACAAAAUUUCAAGACCAGAAAAUGAACAACUUAGAAAUGAUAGCAAGAAACAAGUGGUUCCAGGUGCUCCUUCAGCUCCCAGAAGAGGACGUGGAGGUCAUCGAGGUGGAAGGGGAAGAUUUGGUAUCAGGCGAGAUGGUCCAAUGAAAUUUGAGAAAGACUUUGACUUUGAAAGUGCAAAUGCACAAUUUAACAAGGAAGAGAUUGACAGAGAGUUUCAUAAUAAACUUAAAUUAAAAGAAGACAAACUUGAGAAGCAAGAGAAACCUGUAAAUGGUGACGAUAAAGGCGACUCCGGAGUUGAUACCCAAAACAGUGAAGGAAAUGCUGAUGAGGAAGAUCCACUUGGACCUAAUUGUUAUUAUGACAAAACUAAAUCCUUCUUUGAUAAUAUUUCUUGUGAUGAUAAUAGAGAACGGAGACCAACAUGGGCUGAAGAAAGAAAAUUAAAUGCUGAAACAUUUGGAAUCCCACUUCGUCCAAACCGUGGCCGUGGGGGCUACCGAAACAGAGGAGGCCUUGGCUUUCGUGGUGGCAGAGGUCGUGGUGGGGGUCGAGGUACCUUCACUACUCCUAGAGGGUUUCGUGGUGGAUUCAGAGGAGGCCGUGGAGGCAGAGAGUUUGCAGAUUUUGAAUAUAGGAAAGACAACAAAGUUGCUGCAUAA